UGAAUACGACUGCAGUUCUUCAUUACACUCCUGCGCAAUGCCAUCCUACUGCCAGCUUCAAAUCAGCAAAGAAAACUACUCAGACUACAUUCAAGAACAUUCAGACAAACUUAGUUACCAAGUUCAGUAUCAUCCCACUGAGAGCACAGACCUCCACACUCUGGAACCUGUGACUGUGCAGCAUCAAAGCUACUAUCUGGUCAAAACUGAAGAUCACAGCAGGAACAGCAGCUCUGCUGCCCAGCUGCAGGAAACAGGAGGGAAUGGAGAGACAGACUCAGAAGUAGAGAUUGGUCACAGCGACGAUUCCAACAUUGUCUCGCUAUCAUGGACUGCUCCGUUCCAUGAUUUAGAGCCAGUAAUGGAGGACAGCAGGUCAGAAGACGUUUUCACUUUAUCACAGCAAAACAGAAGCUUCAAAGAAUAUGUCAGCAACAAAACGGAUCUGGGCAGAGCUGUGAUACCAGCUGCCAUCCUGGCUGGUUACACUGGUAGUGGUCCCAUUCAGCUAUGGCAGUUUCUUCUGGAGCUUCUAAUUGACCGCAGCUGUCAGUCAUGUAUAAGCUGGACAGGAGAUGGAUGGGAGUUUAAGUUAACGGACCCUGAUGAGGUAGCUCUGUUGUGGGGUCGGAGGAAGAACAAACCUAAGAUGAACUAUGAAAAGCUGAGCCGUGGCCUACGUUACUACUAUGACAAGAAUAUCAUCCGCAAAACAGCAGGAAAACGCUAUGUCUACCGCUUUGUCUGCAAUCUGCAAGGCCUGCUGGGAUAUGAGCCUGGGGAGCUACACACCAUGUUGGACAUCAACAACAAGAAUCACUAAUGAGGCUACAAACACUGGCAAAGGGACAAAUACCUCCCAAUUUGUGAUUCUUAAUAUUACAACUUGUAUUCUUUUAUAACUGAGGCCCAUGGGUGGUGUUGGUGUGUGUACAUAUGCGAGAGGUCAGCAGGUGAGAUGUAGCACUUAAACUUGUGACUA